AUGGAGUUACUGCUCACCUCGGGGGCUAAUUCCAAAAUAUGGACCCUAUUCAUGGAUGGUACUUCCAAAGAGAAGGGGUCUGGGAUCGGUAUCGUGUUAAAACCAUAUGCGGGAGGCAUAAUUAGUCAGUCUAUUAGAAAUGUAAAAUUGACUAAGAAUGAAGCCGAGUAUGAGGCCAUGAUUGCAGGUCUAGAACUGGUUAAGAACCUCGGGGCCGAAGUGAUCGAAGCCAAAUGUCACUCUCUCUUUGUUGUAAAUCAAGUCAACGGAACAUUCGAAGUAAAAGAAGAGCGGAUGCGAAGGUACUUGGACAAAUUGCAGGUGACCCUGCACCAAUUCAAGGAAUGGACUUUGCAGCAUAUGCCCCGAGAUCAAAACAGUGAGGCCAAUGCACUGGCCAACUUGGGGUAG